UUCAGGCAAGCUUCGGACGGAGCCGCAGCCGUAGUGAAGUGCUCGCCUCGGAGACAAUCGCGCGACUUGCGAAAGUGAUACAGUACGAAUUCAUCAAUACCAUCGACGUUCGCGUUUCUCUAAGUAAACCAACGUCAACGUAUUUAUUUUUAAAUUAAAGUAUAUCUAACUAGGCAACCGAAAACGGAUUGAAAGAAAAAGCAGCUGCCCCGUUGGCAACCGGCAGAAAGUAGGUAACUUACCAAAUCCUUAAAAGUGAAACGGAUUGCGUAAAUUUUUAACAGUUUAUAUCGCAGUGCAAAGACAAGUGUAGUAAAACUGUUUGGCGAUUCAAAUUAUGUUAGAACUGUUGCUUAUCACCGAGUGGUUGGUUUGUUGACAUAACAAAGUGAGUGACAAUGCGCGUGUGCUGGUGGAAAGUGGUGGUGUUAUGCGCGUGGACGUUGGUGCUGCGCAGCGACGCGCUACCGCCCGCGACCCUCGGCGAUGUCGUCGCCAAUGCCGCCACCAGUCUCAACUCCAUGAAGGUGACAGGAGCGUGGCGGCGGCUGUCGAGCACAGUGAGCGAGAACGUGGGUCUGAAGCAUGCGCUACGGCGGCUGCAAGCGGUGCCGGCGCGCGCGGCGCGGCUCGUGCACGCGCUGGUGGACCGCAUGCGUGUUGGCGGCGGUCCCAUCGUCAACACACAGCUCGGCGCGCUGCGCGGGCGCAAGCUGGCCACGAGGACUGCUGCGCAGACGUCUUACUAUAGCUUUAGGGGGAUCAGAUACGCACAACCGCCUCGCGGGUCCCUGCGGUUCCGCGCGCCGGUGCCGCUGGAGCCCUGGACCGGAGUCCGUGACGCUCUGGAGGAGGGCGCCGUGUGCCCCCAUCGUUUCAUGCUGUUCGACACCUACAAGGGUGACGAAGACUGCCUGUUCCUCAACGUCUACACGCCCGCGCUUCCUGACAAGCUUACCAGCUACAAUCCGAAGCUGGCAGUGAUGGUAUGGAUCCACGGGGGCGCGUUUGCCGUGGGGUCCGGCAAUUCCUUCCUCUACGGUCCUGACCACCUGGUCGGAGCUGGAGUGGUCUUGGUCACACUCAACUACCGCCUGGGGGCGCUCGGGUUCCUGAGCCUCGAGACUGAGGAAGUGCCUGGCAAUAUGGGACUGAAGGAUCAAGUGAUGGCAUUGAAAUGGGUUCGCGAUAAUAUUGAGAGCUUCGGCGGCGACCCCUCGCGUGUCACAAUCUUCGGGGAGUCUGCAGGCGCGGCCUCUGUGCAUUUGCACAUGCUGUCCAACGCGUCACAGGGUCUGUUUCACGGGGCGAUAGCUCAGAGCGGGUUGGCGCUGUCGCCGUGGGCGUUGGCGCAGUCGCCACGCGAGCGCGCCUUCGAGCUCGGCCGGGAACUCGGCAUCGACACCAACAACACCGCUGAGCUGAUGGGCUACCUGCGUGCGACCCCGAGCGAGCUGCUGGUGAAAGCUGGGGCUCGUUUGACGGGGGCGCCCGGCAAGAACUCUGACUUGCAGAGCACGGUGGCGCUGCCGUUCCUGCCCACGCUGGAGCCCGAGGGCCCCGAUGCGUUCCUCACCAGGGCCCCGCGGGACAGCCUGCCCGGGGCUGACGUGCCGCUACUCACGGGGUACAACGCACAAGAAGGAAUCAUACUGUUCAGACGUCUUCAACGAGACCUCAAGUUGCUUAGCGAGCUGGACAAAGAGUUCAAGAGGGUGGUGCCGCCGGCGCUGCUGUCACACAACGAGACAGUCACUCAGAAAAUAGCGGAAGCAAUCCGGGCCUUCUACUUCCAGCACCGGCCCGUCGACACCAGGAACAUCGACAGUCUGAUCGAUUUAUUUACAGAUGUAAUGUUCCUGAGGCCAAUCCUUGAAACCGUGCGGUUACAAGCCAAGACCAAUAGAACAAGUCACACAUAUGUGUACCGAUUUGACUUCGAUGGAGCUCUAGGGCUCUUCAAACGUAUGCUGGGAAUCACCCACCCCGGGGCUUGCCACGGGGACGAGAUGGGAUACCUGUUUUACUUCUCUCGACUGAACUAUAGACUAGAUGACGACUCCACUGAAUUGGCGGUGUCACAGCGAAUGGUUCAACUGUGGACUAACUUUGCGAAGACUGGAAAUCCUACCCCACCCGUAGACUACGAGUCCAUCGUAGACUUCAAGUGGCUACCGGUCAACGACACUACCAGUAUCGACUAUCUCAACAUCAACGGUAACUUCACGCUCCUGAAGGACCCGGAACCCAAGAGAGUCAAAUUCUGGGAUUGGCUUUAUGAAAACUACGCUCAAGAACGUUGAUUCUAUAUUUCGAAGACUUCUGUUGUAAUUUUUGAUCAUAGCAGAUCAGCUAUGAGAGUCCUAGUGUAGUGCAAUGUUGGUUUAGUGAACAGUGUACAAACACGAGGGUUGACCAUUUUCUAUUAUAUAGGAACAUGCCAAAUGUUAAAAAGGGACUUUUUAAAAUGAUGUUAAAUUAAGAUAAGAUGUUACUUUAAAUAAUAUUAAUGUUUUUAUGUUUAUGUUAUAUAUACCAGAUACCUAGGUAGAUUUUUUACACUUUACUCGAGGAAUUUGUCUUCGAUGAGCGAGACUAGUAUAAAAACCACUUGGCUUUUUGUGAAAUAAAAAUUGAAACAUAAACUGUGGUAACUACUGUAGAAUAUUAUAUAUAGUUUCAAAGAAUGAUCUUGUAAAUAUAGUGCCUACUUAUACCUAAGUAAAUAACGAUGCCUACCUACUAGUAAGUACUUACGCAUCGCUUGUAAAUAUAGGUAACUUAAUAAAAACUACUUUUUUAUAACUUAUAAUAAAUAAGUACUCCGUGUCGACCUAGGACUACAUUAAUGCUCUUGUGAAAAAGACGGACGCAGCUUAAUUACCUACUCAUAUAGUUAUAUAUUAUAGUAAAGUAUAAUUAUAUAAGUUUUUAAACGAAC